CUCUAGUAUCACAACAUGGCGACAGGUAAAAGGGAAGACAAUCUUUCAGAACAGGAAGGACAGUCUUUAAGACUCGCUGGGAUUGAUAAUAUAACUUUUAAAUUUGGAAAAUCACAACCAGGCCACCCCGACUAUGAGCAUGACCACCUGGUGGGAGGUGAGCUGGACCCUGGGAUGCUGGAAUCUGACAAUGUGGAAGUGGUCAUUUGGCUAAGAGAUCGGAAGGGCAUUCACGUUAAUUUGGAGGGUAAUGGACAACUAGCUGAGGCCGCUGAUCUAUUUGAAAUUGUGAAAGAGCACCGCAAGCUGCCAGACUUCGUGGAUAACAUCUUUUCAAUCUGGAUGGUCUCCCCUUUACUAGAAUUAAGACUGAAGCGUUCUCACAAAGCCUUCCAAUUUGCACAGCUAUGGGACGAGUUCUGUGGCAUAUAUACAGAUGCAAAAACAGACGAAGUUUCUCGCGAUGAACCAGUGGUCAUGUUCCAGAGGAAUGUGUUCUUGUCCUUGAAGGAAGAGAAAAGGUACUGGCAGCUUGCCACAGAGGAUGUCUUAUCACUCUUAUACCAUGAGUCUAAGUUCAACGUGAUAGAUGGUCGAUACAUUGUGUCUGAGAGAGACUAUGACAUCCUGGCUGGGAUACAGGCUCUCAUAGAGAGAGGGAGGUACAGCAGCAGUAAACACACUCCAGAAACAUAUAAAGAUGAUAUCAACAAAUACUACCCAGUUCACAUCUACAAAACCAAGAAGUCCCUGAUGGAGACGAUACGGAGGACAAACAAAAAGUACAAUGAACUUCACCUAGAGGGGGUUCACCAGCAGGCUUCUGACAAUAUCGGGGAGGAGGAGCGCACUCAGCUGUAUCUCCGCUACCUAGACAUCUGCUCUAGCUACCCCUUCUAUGGGAGUGCUUUCUUUGAGGCAGUGCUACAGAAACCAUCUGGCAAGUUCAGUACGAUGAUGACCAACAUAUUCUCACUAGGGUUCCCGGAGAUGGAUGUCCUGGUGGCAAUAAACACAGAGGGAAUCUGUGUCAUACACGAAGAAUACAAGACUGUUAUUCUAGCCACACCAUACGAACAGUUGUCCUGGGACCUGGAUCUGAACGAGGAUGAACCCGACAAACUACCUGCCUUACUGUUACAGUUCUUAGUGAAUGAGGAGGAUGGACCCAUCACCAAAGUCCUACAGAUCUACUCAAGACAGGCCAAGUUAAUGGAUGCCUUAGUGGAGACUUGUGUCAAGAGAAAACAUCACGAAGGCUAUGACUCAUCAAAACAUGAAGAGUUCUGUAGAGGCGUGACCAACCAGAUGGAAAAGAUGUGCUUAAAUACCUACACUCUGGAGGGACAGGCUUGUGUGACAUAAAGAAUGGGUGCAUUUUUGGAUAAACCAAAGACAGAAAAACACAAUGAGGGAGGCAUGGGCAACUCCUUGCGCUUCGGCCUCAGUAGCAUGCAGGGUUGGAGGGUGGAAAUGGAGGAUGCCCACACAGCGGUUAUUGGCCUUCCAUGUGGACUGAAGGAUUGGUCCUUCUUUGCCGUUUUUGAUGGGCAUGCCGGAGCUAAGGUUUCAGCAUACUGUGCAGAGCAGCUAUUGGAUCAGAUCAUAGCCAACGAAGACUUCCGGGGCAAGCUGGAUGUCAAACAGGGUACUGAGGUACAGCCUUCUCUAGAGGAUGUUAAUCGUGGAAUCAAGACCGGCUUCCUUAAACUUGAUGAGCGGAUGAGGGAUAUCCCAGAAAUGAAGAGUGGGGAAGAUAAAAGUGGUUCAACUGCUGUUUGUGCUAUUGUAUCACCAAGUCAUAUAUUCUUUGGUAAUUGCGGCGAUUCCAGGGCUGUUUUUUCCAGAGGUGGAAAAUGUCAAUUUUCUACCCAGGAUCAUAAACCAAUCAAUCCUACAGAAAAGGAGCGAAUUCAAAAAGCUGGAGGGAGUGUAAUGAUUCAGAGAGUAAAUGGUUCAUUGGCAGUUUCACGUGCUCUUGGAGACUUUGAAUAUAAAAAUGUCAAGGGAAUGGGACCUUGUGAGCAACUUGUUUCUCCAGAGCCGGAGAUAUUCUUGGAAAAUCGUUGCAGUGACGAGGAAUUCCUAGUGCUGGCUUGUGAUGGUAUCUGGGACGUCAUGACCAAUGAAGAUGUCUGUGACUUUGUCAGGGAUCGCAUGAAAUUAACGAGUAGUUUAGAGAGCAUAUGUAACCAAGUUAUCGAUACUUGCUUGAACAAGGGGAGUAGGGACAAUAUGAGCAUUGUUAUUGUGGCCUUUACGACUGCACCGUCUGUGUCAGAGGAGGCUAUUAAAAAGGAAGAGGAACUUGAUAAUCGCUUACGAGAUAAAAUUAAGGAAAUUUUAGGUAACCCUGAUUUUAGUGAGGCAGACCUACCCACCUUCAUGCACAUUUUAGGUGAAGGCACACCAGGAUUGCCCCCUGGGGGAGGCAUAAGUGCAAAGAAAAGUACAGUAGAAAGCAUACUGAAUCAGCUGCGGCCAAAGAAACAAGAUGAGGAGGAGGAAGAGGAGGAAAAUGCUGCUCCUGAUCAAUUGUAAUUGAAGAAAAAAAGAAGAAGUCAUCUACAGCAAAAUCUACUUGACUUUAUGAUGGGGCACUGCUGAUCUCAGUGUGUCAACAUAUAAGCUACGGAAACUCACUAACAUUACCUAGGUCAUUUCUUACUUCCCCAUCGACCCACGGCACUGGUCAGCAAUCGAAAGACUUGUUGUGUGAGUGCAUGUUGAGCGCCUCAUGCGACAUUCUAAAUGUGUGUUACGCCUGCAUGGAAGGAUGCGUGUACGUGCUCGUGUUACAUACUGUGGAGGCUUCACCAACUAAUGUCUGUACUAUACUUAGUGUUGAACAUCAACUUGUUUGUAUACAGUCAUUCCCCUUGCUUAAAACUUGUAUUUUUGUUUGUUAUUAUGGUAGAUUUUCUACUACAGGGGAUGCUAAAUGAAGUAUGUGUAAACAAUGGUAUAACUUGAAGUGUUUUUUGACACAGGUGUCUUGUGUAAGAGAUAUAGGAUGCUUUCGUAGUUGAAAAUAGAAAGAGAAGAAGUAGGAUAUAUUGUGUACACAAGUUUUGAUUUUUUGUAAUCCACCUAUUUCACUGCUAAUGUCUAGGGCACUUUUAGAUGGUUAAGCUAGUCAGUAUAGGGAAUGAGGAGGAUACUGCUGACAGGCAACAAGAAUUGAUAGACACAGGGUGUAGCUAAUUGGUAUAUAGUUAGGCCCUGUGAAAGCAUUAGAAUACACUUAAGAAUAAUAACCAUCCGUAAAAUUAUUGUCUGAACAGAGACAUUCCAGAUUUACUUGCCUGGAAGAUUAAUUUGGUCCUAUUUUUCUGAAUCCUCAGUUUGUAAAUUACAGAAUGUAACUGAAGUGUUUUGCAUACCUAGAAAGUGGUAAAAAAUGUGUUCUUUAGUUGAAUUUCCUAAUCUUUACUAUGUUAUAUUUUAAUUGAUGGUCUGACAUCUGUUCUAUUCUACAUGGAAAUAUUUCGGGGAGGAUAAAUGCCUCAUUGGCCCGUUGUCAGUGGAUAUGUGUAUCAUUGACAUUCAUGUGUACCUAUCUUAUAGUGUAGAGAAUUUACUUAGUGUGAGGGAAAGGUGAACGUAUAGCUGUCGGUCACUUCCUUUAGCCAGACCACGUCUAUCUGGAAUUUUCUGAAGCUGGACGUCAAUCUGUCGGUCAAUUCUUUAUAUACAGGUAAACAUGGGUGUGCAUGAACAACUUCAGGGCGAAGACAUGUACAACUUUAGGUCGAAGACAUGUACAACUUUAGGUCCAAGACAGGUGUUUUGUCUUCAUCUUAUAAUUAUAAUUAUCACAGUUAUUGCUCAGAUUCAUAGGAAAUGUUGGAAGAUUUGCCAGUUUGAUGGCUUGGAUAAAUUUUUCAGAUGAAAUAGUAGCCAUGUUAUAUUGUCUUGGCCAAGACUAGAAAACCUGUGGAUUAUUAUGAUUUUGGUACUGUUAAUUACGGUAAAACAUUUGUUGAAAUUUUGUUUAGAUGUUGUUAAUGAUAGCUACCUUGUACAUUACCUUUAUUGGAUUAAAAGGUAAAAUCUGAAAUGAAAUGUCAUUCCAUUCAUCAGGUUUCAAUGAAAUAAUUUACAAUGUAUGAUCACUAUAAAGCAGUAAAAGAGGAAACACUCUGGUUUUCACACUCUGUGUCUAUAAGGACACCCAUAGCUUUAUCUUGAUUUCUAUAGGUACCACAGGCUCCUCUUUCAUGGUUUAUACACAACAGUGCUAUUGUACAUAAUAGUCUUAGUAUGAAUGUGGAAAAUUAGUUGAUGUUGUUUAAAAGUCAUAUUUUAGAAAUGUUGAUGACACAUAUUUUGAUUAUUCUUGUAUGUUUUGAAAUAAUUCAUGAAAAAUCAUGUGUAUUGCUUGAUUUACUUAUGAUUUGGGAAAACAUUGGACUUCCUCCAUAAAUUCUGUCCAUGAAAUCAUAGUUUUCAUCAUUUUGGACUGAAUUCAGUUUGACAUGAUGUUAAGUGAAUGUUUUUGCCUCUCAUAAUGAUGUAGGAUAUAGAUAUAGCUAUUUCGUGGGACACCACUGUGUAGGUGUUCAUCUGUAUUCAAACCACACUUUGUGAUUGUAAAGUCAAAGCUUUCCUCUUGGGUGGAUUGAACUGGAUAGGGUUGCCGUUUAAUUUUGCUCCGUUUGGUUUGAUUAAAAACAUGCUUACAAAUGGCCGCAUUGAACAAUGCUUUAACACAGAUUUAAAGUUAAAACAAUGGGCUUCAUUUUUUAAUUGAACACCAGAUAUUUUAUAUAUAAUUAGCAUGUUAGGUUGGAAUCCCUUCAAAUGUCAUAUUUUUUAGCAUUUAUACUGUUUAUUGCUACAUUCACACAAAACAAGAAAUAUCUUUAUAAAAGAUAUAUGGCCGAGUCAUGUAUGGGUUUGUAAGUCUGAAAUAAUGGUGUAGCUAUGACAUCACUUAACACAUAUAAACGGACAAUAGGGCAUGAAAGAAAUUGAAAAUCGCAACAGAAGGAAACUCACAUUUUCUUGUUUACAGUGGGAAACCAUGUUGAUAGUUCAGUGGGUGGUAACUUCUUCUUCUUCCCAUAAAGUACAGUCCACCAUCUGGUGUAUUGACGUACUUGCAAACUAGUGUGUAUAUUACACCUUAGACCUUUCAAGUGUCGGCAGUAUGUAGUUGUGUAUUACCAGACCAAAUUGUAUCAGAUAUGGAGUGGAAUAUUGUAUAAAUGUGACGUUUCAGUUGUGGCAGCUAGAUCAUAUAAUCACUAUGAGAUUUAAUGUAAAUGAUCUGAUACCCGAUGUGAUCUUUUUGAUGUUUAACCAGAGGUGUUACUAUACAUGUAGCCCAUUGCCAUAUUGAGGUGUACUUGCCAACUGCCACGAUCAUUGUUCAUUUUGUAUCCAACAUGAAGUUAGUGUUUUGCAUAAACUAUUAUAUAAAAAAAACAAUUCCAAAAAUAACUAAAGCAUUCAGUCUACACCGUUCAAAUAAUGACGAGAUGAAUCCCAAAACAAUCUUAAAAUGGCUUUGGAAAAACCCCGUGACAUUGGCUAUGAAUUGAUCAUGAUACUUGUACAAAAACGCAAAAUUUAAGACAUGAAUAACAAAAUGUCAUGUAUGAACUAUAAUCUAGGUCAAUAGAUAAUGAUAAUCGUACCAAACAGGGAAGUUUCAAGCAACCUUAUCCGGUAUUCACCGAGGUCAAAAUCACACAACUUCCAGUUUUAGUACUGUUGCAAUUUUACACAAUGGAUUUCUUCUCUCCUGUUGAUUUUGAACUAGAAUGUUGCCCCACCCAUUUGAUCUGAUGGCGUGGCACUUCAUCAGAAUGAAACUGGUAGAAUUGUAGAAUGUAUUGUGAGGAUCCUAGGAGUGGUUUAGUCGAGCCUAGCAUUUAACCAGGUUAUUGUGAGGAUCCUAGGAGUGGUUUAGUCGAGCCUAGCAUUUGACCGGGUUAUUGUGAGGAUCCUAGAUGUGGUUAAGUCGAGCCUAGCAUUUAAUCGGGUUAUUGUGAGGAUCCUAGGAGUGGUCUAGGCAGCAAAGACAUUAUUAGUUAUGAACAUGUUGGUUAGCUCGUCUAUAGGGUGAUUUUGCUAGUCUGCUACAAAACGAAGUUGUAAUGGUUACGGUCAAAACAAUUAGGUUAAUAAAUAAAACAAGACCAGAUACACCUAUUGUCAGUGAAAAGUUUAUAAUAACCAUAGUCGUUUUUUGUCUUUCACAAACAGUUAAAUAUUAUUGUUUCUUUACGUUGUACAGGAAAGUACCCAGGUAUGUAGGUAAGGGUGUAUUGGGAUAUCUCGAAACAUUUUCUUCAGGUUGGUAAGAAUAGAUUGUAUACAGGUACGUGUGAAAUGUUUGUGUGAUGUUUCUAUGACUAGUACGAUAUGUACUCUUGUGAACUGUGUACAAUCAUUCCUAGAAUACUCUGCCAACACUGGUUACUGCUAUGGGUAUAUUGUCGAAAUAGUUUCCAGGUCCGACAUCUUCAGCUCUGUCUAGAUCCUCUCAUCAUUUAUCUCUGUGCCCCAGUGUGACAGAUGUCACAUGCUACUUAUUCUCUAGGCUAUAUGUUUCUACCGAUAGAAGAUAAUUUGAUCAUAUGUAUCGGAACUAGACUUAAAAUUUUCAGCACAUUUAAAACUAAAAUUACGAAAUGUCCAAUAUACAGCGUCUGAUGUAGGUGGAAAAGAAACUUACAUUAUAGAUACUGCCACACCCAAAGUUCAACAGGAAAGAUUAUUUCUUCGUCCAAUUUGUCAUUUCAAGAGCUUACCCCAAAUUAAAGGUCAAAAGAAAUCUUUUAUUUCUACCAAAAGCAUCUGACUUGACUAAAACCACACUUCAUAUGGAUACCCUAAUGUUCAAGCUCAAAAUCUCUAAAAAAAUAUUGGCAUUCAAGGACAUUUGUUGUUUUUAAAAUAUGCUUAGUUUGACAUGUUUUCAGCAUUGAUAAACCUCUUAAAUAAGUAUUGGUAAACGUGAUAUUUUAGCAUUUAUUAAAAUUAGCCAGUUUAGCCAUUUUGUGUAUACAUGGUCUUAGCCAGUCUGUAUACAUGUGAGCUUGAUGAUAAAGUGUCUCAAAUCACCACAUCAUGUGUCCAUCCUCCCACAAAGAUGUCUGUGUGUUUAACAGUCUGUUCUGUAAUCAGCUCAGCCACAGUCGGGUGAAGAUACACAGUACCAGAAAGCAGAUUUCUUUUACUUGAGUACUCCACCACUGGAAUUUCUACCAAAAGUAGACAUUUAGUAGGUUGUAGUUUUCCCCUUUUAACAGUGUUGCAUAGCCAUGCACAUAUUGAUCAUUUAGAUUAUUUUCUCAGUUUUGACCGUCUUGUUUAUUGCAUUUUGUGUCUCGCAUUGUAUUUCACAUGCAUACAAAGUCUGUUGAGGUUUAAUUUUCUUAACAAUUUCCCAUUAAACUUAAAAUCGCUCAGGAAUUUUGCUACAUGAUCUAUGUGAUCAUAUAUUGUGAUUUUACUCUGAUGAUUCUGCUACACCCAGUAAUCGCUGACCAGAACCUCCUCCUUGUAUAAUGGACACUGGUCAGUCUGGGCUAGAACGUCAUAGGGCAAUUUAUUCAAUAGUACAAUUUGUCCAUAGUCUUUUCAUGUAAUCUAUCAUUCAAAUAUAUAAAAAAAAGAUGAUAAAAUGCUUUAGAAUUUUUCACUUACUGUAGAAGGGUUUGGUGUGUUCUAACAAAAUUUAAUACUUGGCUGCUGGUGAUAAAUUUGUAAAAAUAAAAGCUAGAAUCAUAGGUUAAUAAACUAUUGCUUUGUACCCCUGAAUUCACCUCAAAAGAUGUUUCCUCUUAAAGACAGAGAAAAAGAUUUUUUCUCCAUUAGGAAAUAUCAGUGUAAUAAGAUGAAUACCUAUGUCUGAUGAACUAGUAUUGACUACAAGUCUCUCUUAACUCGGUAUUCUCCAAACCCUCGUGCUGCUUCUUGAGACCUCCCCCCCCCCCCCCCCCACCUAUGUAUGGCUUAGAGAGUGUAGGUGUUUGGUAGGGAGCAGGGUACUUCGUCCUUCCUUCAGUGUUAGGUAGUGAGCAGGAUACCUGUGUGUACAACUUAAUUUGCUGUAACAUAUUGAAUACAGAUGACAAAUCACAAUGAAUACCAGCUGUAGGUAUGGAAGCAAAUUUGUAUCAUAUACUCUAGUUAUUCAUAAUCUGUUUUUAUUGUUAUACAGUUGAUUUUUUUUCAUAAAGUAUGGUCUCAUUUUAAUUUGAUGUGUAGUCAUUUGCAAAACUGAUUGAUUAGCAUUGUGAAGUGUCCCCUUAGUUCAACUUCAGACUGCCACUCGGAGCAGUCCUCUAUUACAGAUUAGGUGACAGUGAUUUUUGUUUGUUUCUCAAUCAAAAUAGUAAUGCGAUUCCUGCUUUGUCAUUUCCUUACGUGUACCAGCAUACAAUGUGUGCACUGGAUAUAUGGUUUAUUCUGGAGUGCGUACUGAUUUCAUACUUUGUUUUCUUAUUUUGAGCUGUUUUCAUACUGUUAAGGUACCAAGUACAUACAUUUUACCUGCAAUAUUAAUUUUAAAAUCUUAUGUGAAUGAGAAAAGGAAGUAUCACUUUCUACCAACACAAUGUAAUGCCAAGCUUUAUUCGAAACUAGUAUAGAUCAACCGAGUUCCUUGUGCAUAGAUCAGAGCAUUUUUCAGCUUCUCCAAGAGAAAUCAAUAUCCGUUAUUUCAUUGAUAGAAUUAUCUGAUAAGAUUAUUCUGCCAUUCAGAAAUCUAUUGUAAACAUGAUAAUAUUAUUUCAAAGGAUUUAUGAGAAAAAUUAUGUGGAUUGUUUGACUGUUUUGAUGAAAAUGUCCAACUUGCUAUUCAGUGAUGAUUCUCUAGACAAAGGCAAUAAUACAUAGAGAAACAAGGGUCAUGUCAAUAUGAUCCCUCAGCUCCUUGUGGUAACUACAAGCUUGGAAACUAAUUUUUAUGUUCAAAUGUUGUAAUCAGUGUGUAAAUUACCCCUGUUUGGAUUGAAUGAUGAAAAGUUAUUUGAAAUUUGAUUAAUGUUGGGGCUUUAAAGGUGGAAAUGAUCCCUGGGAGUUUGAUGUAGGGUUUGCUCCAAAGGGUUAGGUAGAAUGCAAGGAUCAAGUACAGGAUUUACCCCUUCAUUGUAUUAUUGCCACAGUAAAUCAUGAUUUUGACAUGUCACUGCCCUCAACACUGCUAGCUAUUUUAGGCCGACAGAGCUAGCGUGUGAUAACUGGAGACCAUGGGCAACUGGCUAUUAUAUAUAGGUGCAUGUUACCUGGUUAUGACCCUGAGGACUGGUCAUAUUGUAGCUGGUUAUGACACAGGGGACAGAACACAUUAGGUGGUUAUGACCCUGGGGACUGGUCAUAUUGUAGCUGGUUAUGACACAGGGGACAGAACACAUUAGGUGGUUAUGACCCUGGGGACUGGUCAUAUUGUAGCUGGUUAUGACACAGGGGACAGAACACAUUAGGUGGUUAUGACCCUGGGGACUGGUCAUAUUGUAGCUGGUUAUGACACAGGGGACAGAACACAUUAGGUGGUUAUGACCCUGGGGACUGGUCAUAUUGUAGCUGGUUAUGACACAGGGGACAGAACACAUUAGGUGGUUAUGACCCUGGGGACUGGUCAUAUUGUAGCUGGUUAUGACACAGGGAACAGAACACAUUAGGUGGUUAUGACCCUGGGGACUGGUCACGUUGUAGCAGGUUAUGAUACAGGGAACAGGACACAUUAGGUGGUUAUGACCCUGGGGACUGGUCACAUGGUAUGUUGUAAUGACCCUGGCGGCUAGUCACAUGAAAACUGGUUAUGAAACUUGGGACUGGUCACAUGGAAACUGGUAAUGACCCCAGAAUUUGGUACAAAAUUAAGGAAGCUGGUUAUGGCCCUUGGGACUGGUCACAUUGUGGCUAGUUAUGAUCCUUGGGACUGGUCACAUAGAAGCUUGUUAUGACCCUGGGGACUGGUCACAUGGUAGGUAGUUAUGGCCCUAGGGACUGGUCACAUGGUAGUUAGUUAUGGCCCUGGGGACUGGUCACAUGGUAGCUGGUUAUGAUCCUUGGGACUGGUUAUAUGGAAGCUGGUUAUUACCCUUGGGACUGAUCACAUAGUAACUGGUUUUGACCCUUGGGACUGAUCACAUGGUAGCUGGUUAUGGCCCUUGGGACUGAUCACAGGGUAGCUGGCUAUAGCCCUUGGGACGCGUCACAUGGUAACUGGUUAUGACCCUUGGGACUGAUCACAUAGUACCAGUGGACUGGUGAAGGAUUGUGCUAUGGUAAACCUAUAGUCUGGUUAUGUAGAUGCUAUUUCAGAUGGACAUCUUUCUAGGUUGUUUUCAGUCAUGUCGGUAAAUAGAUUGAUGCAUUAUAUUAUGAAUUGGAAGAUCAACCACACUUGUGUAAGUAAACCAGAAAUAGCCAGAGUGUGUGGGCAGUGGCAUAAGUAAUUAUAUCUUCUGGUCAGUUUUAGACUCCCAGACAGGAUCAGAGCCUCAUCCAGUUGUGUGUGUAUAUAUAUAUAUAUACAGGCAUAAUGUCUCCUGCUCAGUUUUAGACUCCAGGCAGGAUCAAAGCCUCAUCCAGCUGUGUAUAUAUAUAUAUAUAGGCAUGAUGUCUCCUGGUCAGUUUAAGGCUCCCAGGCAGGAUCAGAGCCUCAUCCAGCUGUGUGUAUAUAUAUAUACAGGCAAGAUGUCUCCUGGUCAGCUCAGACUACCAGACAGGAUCAGAACCUCAUCCAGCUGUGUGUAUAUAUAUAUAUACAGGCAUGAUAUCUCCUGAUCAGUUCAGACUAUCAGACAGGAUCAGAGCCUCAUCCAGCUGUGUGUAUAUAUAUAUAUACAGGCAUGAUAUCUCCUGAUCAGUUCAGACUAUCAGACAGGAUCAGAGCCUCAUCCAGCUGUGUGUAUAUAUAUAUACAGGCAUGAUGUCUCCUGGUCAGUUCAGACUACCAGACAGGAUCAGAGCCUCAUCCAGCUGUGUGUGUGUAUAUAUAUACAGGCAGGAUGUCUCCUGGUCAGUUUUAGACUCUCAGGCAGGAUCAGAGCCUCAUCUAGCUGUGUGUGUGUAUAUAUAUGCAGGCAUGAUGUCUCCUGGUCAGUUUAAGACUCCCAGGCAGGAUCAGAGCCUCAUCUAGCUUUAUAUAUAUAUAUAUAGGGGCAUGAUAUCAAAUGUUGAAAUUAUGUAUUGAAAAUGUUUUUUAGAGAAAUUUGUGUAUACUCUUGACAAUAAAGAUCAUUAUUCAUUCCUCA